AAGUCGGGAGGUUCGAUGUUCCGAAGACGCCAGCUUGUGACGGGGAGGGGGAGGAGGAAGGCUUCCGUAAAAAGGUGCCUUUCGGUCCCUCCGCUCCCGGGGACCCUCGGAAAAAGCCCACCGUACCGACCCCGCGGCUAACCCCUCCCUCAGGCUCUCUCCGCUCGAUUUCGCACCGUUAUGUGGGAAGCGAAUCCGCAGCUAAUCAACUUGUAAAACAUGAAGGAGUAAAAACAAGGACAUAAUCAGAAAAGUAUUCAUUGGAAAGUCGCUGGGCAUGACUAAAAUAAUAAAAUGAACUGGCCCUUUCACAGAGCUCAGAUGUUUCACAAGACAGAGGAGUUCUUUCCCAAGAAGACUGAGAGUGAUGUGGAUGACAUGGACACAUCAGACACGCAGUGGGGCUGGUUCUACCUGGCAGAGUGUGGAAAGUGGCACAUGUUUCAGCCGGAUACCAACAUUCAAUGUUCAGUUAGCAGUGAAGAUAUCGAAAAAAGCUUCAAAACAAACCCUUGUGGCUCCAUUUCCUUUACUACUUCUAAAUUCAGCUACAAGAUAGACUUUGCAGAGAUGAAGCAGAUGAACCUCGUCACUGGAAAACAGCGCCUGAUAAAAAGGGCUCCUUUCUCCAUCAGUGCCUUCAGUUACAUCUGUGAAAAUGAGGCCAUCCCCAUGCCCACACACUGGGAGAACGUGAAUACCGAAGUUCCCUACCAGCUAGUCUCCCUGCAGAACCAAACGCAUGAGUAUAAUGAAGUUGCCAGUCUCUUUGGGAAAACAAUGGAUCGGAACCGAAUUAAAAGGAUUCAAAGGAUUCAAAACUUAGACUUGUGGGAGUUCUUUUGCAGGAAAAAGGCUCAGCUCAAGAAGAAGAGAGGUGUCCCUCAGAUCAAUGAGCAAAUGCUGUUUCAUGGCACCAGCAGUGAAUUUGUGGAAGCAAUUUGCAUUCACAACUUUGAUUGGAGAAUCAAUGGUGUACAUGGCGCUGUGUUUGGCAAAGGAACCUAUUUCGCUAGAGAUGCUGCGUACUCCAGUCGUUUCUGCAAAGAUGACAUCAAGCAUGGUAACACCUUCCAGAUUCAUGGGGUCAGCGUGCAGCAGCGACACCUGUUCAGAACCUAUAAAUCCAUGUUUCUUGCUCGAGUGCUAAUUGGGGAUUACAUAAAUGGAGACUCCAAAUACAUGAGACCUCCUUCCAAAGACGGGAGCUAUGUGAAUUUGUAUGACAGCUGUGUGGAUGACACCUGGAACCCAAAGAUCUUUGUGGUGUUUGAUGCCAACCAGAUCUACCCCGAGUACUUGAUAGACUUUCACUGACCCCACCUCCCAGGCUCAGUGGUCAAAGCUUUGCUCUCUCGUUGCAGGAGGAUUUGGCCCCCUGUCUUCUAUCCGCUAAGUAUAAAUAUUGGGUACUUUUGAAACAGAUGCGGGAAAGAAGGCCGCUCCAUAGAUAAAGAAGUACUGGCUGUCAGGUUGGUUAUAUGUUGUUGUUUCUGUCAGUUACAGUUUUGUUAAAGAUCUCUACUGUUGCCAUUUUGACAUAUAGCAAUGAGAGAUGCCACUUAAAACCGAAUGGGUUGAGUCUCAUUACCAAGGCCAGGUGGUCUUUAAAGUUCACAUUUGUGAUGAGGUCAAACGAUUUUAUUUUGUGUUCCCCAUUAGGAGAACUGGCCCUUUAUAAAUUGAGUUUUGGCAGUGUUGUCUGUCACUGAGCAUGUCCCUUUGCUGGUCUUCUGAAGGGGGCUUUAAAACCCUAAGACAGCCCCUGAUACUCCAAGAGGAAAGAAACAGACAGCUCUGCCACGUUGGCAGACCAGCUAGCAGAAGAGAGAGGCCAUGACAGAGCCUGCUGCCACUGCUGCAGGAAGGCGGGCUGCAGCCCCAGAGCAGGCCACACCAUUCUCACCUACCUCCCACAGUUGAGCUGACCAUGGCUGCCAGUGGUCACUAGCUCACAGUUUAGACCCCAUUGCUCUGUGGUCCCAGCCCCAAGAUGUUUAUUUUCUCUGUUUUCCAGGCCCUGCAGUGAUCAUUUCUAAGAGGCUUUAUCUCUGUCCACGCCCCCACACACAUGUAGCUGUUCCAUGGUGACCCCUCAGAUCCACAUGUCUGAGUAGCUGGGUACCUCGUGUUAAAUGGCUAUGGAGAGCAUGGGAUGCUGGGAAGAUGUCUGGUUUCUUUAGAGUAGUGACUGACAGCUCCCAGCUCCUGAGCAGCUGUAUCACGCAGAGUUGUGUUCAUGGCUUUGUGUGCCUCUCUGCCUGCUUGCUGUGCUGUCCUGAAGAUGACGUGCACCAGCCUCCUGCCCGUCGGUGUUCUAGCAGAGGUUAGACAACGCCCGGGAACAGUGCUGUCUAGGUGUUGAUUGUCCUCCCAGCAUUGCUUUUCCUGUGACUCCUCAUGGGAAAGAUCACUCCCCAAGCAGUACCCAGAACCUUUCCUAACUCUUAAUACUGCAUCUUGUCUCUGUUAUCCCCAUCCGGCUUUGGCUGAGAGAACAUGAGCACAAUUUAGCUUCUGGUGCCCAGGCCUGUAUUAUUCUCUUCAAUCAUUUCAAUCAGGAAGCAUCUACAAAUAAUACAUAUGUAGGACAGGAUGAGGGACGGCGAACCUUUCAGUUUCACCCAUCACCAGAUUUUCCUUAUACCCUUAUAUAAUUGUACAGUGGGUUGUACAUAAACAGGAAACUGUAUGCACAAUACUUUGGGGGCACUGUGGCAAUAAUGACUUCCUGGCUCCGAUGUAUAGGUCCACCACUGGUUUAAGAAAGGAUAGAGAAUACACAUUUUAAAAUCAACAGUGGUUACUGCAAAAGUGCCUGGAAGCAAAUUGGCUACACUGCCUACCUGCUCACCAAAACAAAACACCAGUGUUAGAGUCAUUAAGUGUUGAGGAUCGAGCAGUCUGCUCCAGCUGUGUUCAUGCAAAGUAUUGAAGUCCUUCUUUCCAGCCUGUCUCCCCCAGUUUUCCACGCACACUCUCUCAGUACUUGAAUGGAAUGGCUGUUGUAGUUGGGGUUAUUUUCUUAUAGACUUGUAUAUCCGUGUCAAGGUGACUGAGAAGGCAGGCAGUCUGUACAGUCUAUCUCCUUCAUUGGCUUGCAUGAGGAAGGCAGGGCACGUCACAGAGCUGCCCUAAGGAAGCCUGGUGUUGUUGUUGUUGGACUGCCAGCCCCCUUUACAAAAAAGAUGUGAUUUUGAUACAUGUUUUAAACUAUAAUAACAUAGAAUUCACUCACGUUAAACUUUUACUUGUUCUGUCUGGUAAGUGUAUAGUAGAGCAUCGUUUCCUCUGCUCAUCAAUCCAGAGGGAGGGGAGAGUAAGGGAAGCCAUUUCAUAGUGAUGAGCUGUGCUACAAAGCUGGCUGGAUAACUUCCCUUGAGUACAAACUUGUCUUUUUUCUGUGUGGAGUCUAGAUGGGGUAAAAGAAAUAUGUUUUUGGAAAACAUUUUCCUAAAUCUCUUUUAUCUCCCACCAGGAAUGGUUCAGAUUAAUGGAUCAUUUUAUUUCUAGACUGGUGGUGGUGGCGGUGAUGAUGGAGAAUUCUGAUAUUUAAUGUCUGUGUGUAUUGUUGCCACAAUUGUUGAUUAAAGUUUUCUGUAUCAGGCCUUGA